AUGAUCUCCCUUUCGCUGCUGGUGCUCGCCGCUUGGCCUUUUGGCCUUGCGCUGGCGCGACCUGCGCCGCCGCUUUCCCCCCACCUCGUUGUAGCAGGCGUUCCCCAAUAUGUGCUUGACUAUGGUAUGUGGCAGAUAGAUGAGCGUCCCAAGGCUUCCAUGCUAAUGCUGACCUCGAAUAAUGCAGCUCCUCUGGUCUAUAUGGACACCAAAGAGGUGUAUUUUCCUUCAGACCUUGGGGCGCAAGUUGCAAAUACACACCCGGACAUCAACCUCACGGAACUCCCCAACCCUCCAUCUCCACUGGUACUCGAGAAUCUAGAUGCCCUGAAUGCAGUUGGCAACGGCGGUAAAGACGUGUAUCUGACGUCCAACAUUGACGUCACAACGUCGCCGAGUUGGCUCGAGGGCGUGGCCCCAGACUCGACAGGGAAAACCAACCAAGCAACUUCCGCCGCGGUUAUAACCACCGACCACGGCAGCGGCCUCGUCGAUGCAUUCUACAUGUAUUUUUACGCCUACAAUCAAGGCAAUACGGUACUAGGGCAGGAACUCGGCGACCACAUCGGAGACUGGGAGCAUAACAUGGUGCGGUUCCAGGACGGCGUCCCGCAGACCGUCUGGUAUUCUCAGCACAGCAACGGACAAGCAUUUACCUACAAAGCCGUGGAAAAGUUGGGCAUUCGUCCCGUCGCAUACUCGGCGCGAGGCAGUCACGCCAACUACGCAAUCACCGGAAAACACGACCAUACUAUCCCAGACGUGAAUCUUCCUGAUGGCCUCCUCGUCGAUAACACAUCUAAAGGGCUACUCUGGGACCCUACACUCUCUUCAUUCUUCUACAAUUUCCACCCGGCGGAUUCUACGUUCGAAAGUAUAAAUGGGAGUCCGGUGCAAGCUAUGAAUUUCAAGGGGAAAUGGGGAGACCAGCAAUAUGCCAAGGAUGACAAGAGACAGCCGCCUCCUUUCUUUGGGUUUUAUAAGUAUGUUGGCGGGCCGACGGGUCCGUAUGAUAAGCAGCUGAAUCGCAGCAAGGUCUGCCCCGAUAAUGGAAUUUUGUGCAUUGUUAGAGAUAAACUAGGACCCUAG